CGCGGGUUCGUGUUCAUGCGCGAGUGCGUUGGUGCGCGUGAACGUGUACGAAAAUCCGAUAUGCGGCUCAGGGAGGCUGUCGUUUCGGUACCGCUGCAUCCUGGGGGACUGAACAACAAUCAGUUACAUAGGAGCGAGCAGAGCCAGCCGAUCGACGAGGAGACCGGCAAUCGCAACGAGAUCACAUCGUCAACGACCAAUCUACCGGUGAACCGAGGACAGAUCCACGCCGAUUUCGCUGAGGACGCCGAGGAUUUCCACGUCGCCGAAGACACGACCACGUGGUCCUCGUUAGCCAUCACUCGCGAGAACGUGCAAAUCGACAGCUCGAACAAUGAUAUCGGCAACUUGAAUAACAACCUGACUGUACCCAGGAUCCGUAGAAAUAGCUCCGUCGACAGUUUACCCGAUUACGAAGGGCGUAACUCCUCUCACGACGACUCGUCUCACGAGUUAACACCGUCCGACUGGUCCGACUGGUCCGAGGAGGGAAAUCUGCCCGCAGGUUGUCGCGGUAUCGUCAACCCUAACUAUCCGGGGUUUCAACACCUGGCGCCUUCUCUUCUGUCGGACACAGAUCUGACGGAGGACGAGCACGACAGCUGCCCCGAUUACACCGGGUUGAACGACAUCGACACGAGACCAACCGUGAACGACAACGAGUACAAUAACAACGUCGAGGACAGUAUCAAUCACUUGUUUGGUCAGAGAAACGAAAGGAAGAUUUUCUACGAGAAACCAAAAUUCAAUAUACAGACUGUAACGUCUUUAUACGAGUCGGUGGUGCCGCCGUCGGAGAAAUGUAUAAACUACGUGAAAAGUGUUGAGGAUUCGAGAACGGAGGAGAUCUCGCCGAAAUCGGAUAUCGUGAACGGCGUGAUAGAGGCGGAAACUCAUCUGACGGUGCUGGAACCGGAAGAGGCGCUCGCUGACACCGUCGCGGAGAACAACGUCGUGAACUUGUCCGAAGCGGUGUUGGAGGAAAAACAGCAACGAGAGACACCGGUCGAGAUCGAAAUCGUCGAACUGACAACCAGCGUUAAGGAGACGUUACAGUUUCCGGAGAUUGAAGAUAUACCGGAUUCUGGAAAGACCAGUGAGAUUGGAGAGACGGAGGAUAUUGUGGUGGAGCACAUUGAUUUGAUACGCGAGGCAAAGGAGUUGCCUCACCAGGCCCGUUCCAAAAUAGGCAACCGUCAGACGGUUACGUCGACCGGCUCCGCCGACGACGACUCCGAGAGCAUCACCGACUCCGACAGUUGCCCGGAGGAGCAACCCACCUACACGAAGCUCGAGGAAAUCGAUCUGCUCUCGAGCAUCGGUCGUGAUAUCGGAGUCGAUCUCGAGAAAUACGUGCAACCGGUGCCAGACGUAGUCGCCAUGGAGACUUUUGACCACAUUCACGCGUCAUCACGCGCCUCCGCCGCCAUAAACAACAUGAUGAAGGACGCCAUCGAGGACACGAACAAGUUAAUGGACCGCGAUCUACCGGAGGCGUCCAGCGCUGAUGCCAGGAAGAAGGAGAAAAUGGCGAGGAACCAAGCAAAACGUAGACAGCAACAACAACAGCAACAGCAACAAUACUAUAGAUCCAAUACGCAGAGGCGACCUGAUAAAAGGAGGGCUGAUGCGGAUAACGGGCCAGGUGGCUUCGAUGUCUACAAUAUCGAAACAGCGAUGCCAAAGAUUGAUCUGGACGCGAUCGAAUCUCAUCUGAGAGCCGCUCGCGAGGAGGAACGACGGCGGCGAAACGACCGUGAAGAGAUACGGAGGAGGUUGGCAAUGGGUCCAGACGCCGAAGACUUGCGCGCUGAACGCGGAAGAAAGCCGAGCCUCCAGUCGCGACUUCAAAGCGGCAUGAAUCUCCAGAUUUGCUUCAUGAACGAAACACCCUCCGACACGGAAUCACCGUGUUCAGAGAACGACUCGUCUCCAGGAUCUACGCCGACAUCGCUGGGUUCGAGACAACAGAAACAGAUGCCGGUUCGACCUCAGGUGCUCAGUCUUCCACCGUUGAGGCUGGACACCAGCUCAGAUUCGGCUCCCAUCGAUGAAGCCGACUUCUUCGCUAGGCAGGCCAGAUUACAAACAGAGGCGAGAAUGGCCUUGGCACAAGCCAAGGAAAUGGCUCACAUGCAAAUGGAAAUAGAGAGACAAAGGCUGAAACAGAGUCCCAUAACGGAAAUGGUGCGAUCCAGUCUCGAGAAAGUUGGCGUUCAGUUGGGCGACGACAGGCGCAGAUUAUCCCGAGUACUUUUAACAGAACUAAACGUCGCGCAACUCCAAGUAGUAGCAAAUGACUUGCACGCGAGAAUCGCGGCCCUAAACGAGGCUCUCGUUGAGGGGCUUUUGAGGAGGGACGAUUUGCACAUGGAACAAGAUUCGAUGCUAGUUGACGUUGAGGAUCUCACCCGAUAUCUCUUUUGCUGCGUUCACAUGCACAGAGGUGCCAAGCAAGAGUCGCUGAAGAAGCAGAACGCAAGGGAGCAGCAAACGGUGUCGAGCAAAAGCCACCAACAGAUGAGCACUGGCCAGAACAAAUCAUCAAUGAAACCGAAACUGACGCACCGUGGUCUAGUCUCGUUGGUGAGGAAAUAAUGCCUCGCCUCGAGACUUCGUGGUCUCGUCGGAAGUUGAACGCGCAGGAAGACCAGCACCGAGAGGACGCGAGUACGUAGCCUGAAUUUGAAAAUUCGUCUCCAAGUUUAUACGGAAAACGUUUUCGGUGUCAAUAUUCCGACUCCCACUUAGUCUCGCAGAAAAAUGAAUGGUUUAGACGAAAGAAAAAAACCUUACGCGAAUCUUUUUGGGGAAACUGUAUGUAUACAAGUCUUCUCUUGCGGAGAAAAACUAUCGCAACAAACACAAUCGUUCUCUAAACGAGAAUUCAAGUAUACAUUCAUACGUACACGAAGAACCACAGCAAAGAAUCCUCUUUUUUCCCUACGUUCCACCGGAAUGGGACAAAAUUUUUUUUUUAAACUUCCAAGGUUUUUACAGGUACGUUGUCAAGAUGAAAAAUUAGAUUAAUACGAACGUAUAUGCGUAAUACCUACAUAAAUUACAUAACCGGACAUACAUAGUAGCAGAGGAGCAACAAGUUCCCUUUACUCGUUCUCAUCUUUAUCGUCUUGAUCGCGACGAACUAUACAUACAACAUGUAGACGUUACUAUUCUCCCCAUCCGCUCUGGUUAUAUCUUGCGGCCAUGCAUGUAUGUGUUCCCCGAGUGUACCGCCUUUAUAUGGUAGCGUUAUAAACGAUAGGCAGAUCUCUUCUGUAUUGUUGUAAAUAAGUGAAACGAACUAGCGGCAGAGACUGACGAGUCCGUUACACACCUUCUUCCGUCGUCGCAUUGAAAUUGGUUCUUUGUUCUCCACGGGCGACGAGUUUCUCUUUCUCUCGACGUCUUCCAAUUGGGGUGAAUCGGUUCUCCGAUCGACGAACCGAUUCACACCUAUCCUUUGGAAUAUCGAACGGAGAUCACGAUGGAAUGACGUCGAUGGGCAUGAUCAGGAUGUAGCUGCUAAGAUCCGUUCGAAAUACUGUCCUACAACGAUUGACAUUAUUACAAUCUGAUUGUCAUUUGAGUUUGUCAUCGCACUUUUCCAUGAAUCUGUUGUCAACGAUUACAUGAAAUAAUGUUCUCUUCGAAGAUAAAAACAAGUAACUUUCACGAUGCUGAUUUAUUUAAU